AUCCGGUUUGACAGAGAGCCAUUGGGAUGGAGUCGCUCACACAAAGUCCUGAUGUUCGCCUGUCUGUGGGACAGUGUUUUCGCACAUUGAGCACGUCCUCGACCGAAGACGACGUUACCGGUGCUCUCAAAACACUCAACUCUCUCUUGGACACACAGGGGGACAGUCCUAGCUCCUCUGUUCACCAGGAGGAGUUUAGACGAAGUCAUUACACCCGGACACUCGAGUUUCUAAUCAGUCACAUCCAAGCAGAUUGGCUUCACAACCUUACAGCAACCCAGCGCACUCAGCUAUGGGACCGUUUAUUUCUUCAUGGUCCUCCAGAACAAGCACUUCUUGUUCUUAUGGAGGGGAUUGGACAAUUAAGCCCCAGCUCUAACCUGGACCACCUGUUGAGCAUCACUGAGACGUUUCUUCAAAGUGGCCGGCUCACAGACCUACUGUGGUCGUACUGUUUAGGGACUGGUCCUGCUGACUCCCCACAGUUCAGAGAGGCACUGCUCGGCCGUAUAGUGGCCCUUCCAGACCACAUGGCUAACAAGUUACAGCUCAACAACAGGACAUUGUUUCUUCCCCAGAAUUAUUACCCAUUACUGGCUCAAGGGAUGCUCACAGCCCUAGAAAAGACCUGUCAGGCACUAAAAGGUGGUUCUGACUGUUCCUUGAUAUUCCUUGCCCAGAUCCUUGGAAAAGUUUGUGUCCAGGGUCACAGUGGUUCAGUGAUGGCAGUGCUGGCUCCACAACUGUCAAAACACACUCAUACUGAUAUGGUGUGGCAGAGGGUUUGUUGGAAACUUAUUGAAAAUGUGCCACAGCGUUGGACUGACAGUGUGCUUCCUCAGUUAGUGCAGGCUGUCACCAGACCUGAUGCUUUGGGCAGAAUCAUUGGAAAUGUGGUUGUGUCAAAUAAAAAGGCCCAGUUUGUGAUAACUCAUAAAAUGUUGUUGUUACAAUACAAAUAUGAGACACAGGUCUUGAGGGUCAUUUUGGGUUACCUUGCAGCAGACAGGGAACGAAGACCACUCCUACUACAAGUAUUAAGGUCUUUAUGUCAAGCAUGGGCCAAUCCCAGUGCAGUAAAACAUACCCCACUAAAACAACAGAUGUAUAUUAGCAAGGCGCUACUACUCAGCAUCGGUCUGCUGAAUGACUCUGAGCUAAAGGAGUUGCGUUCAGAGUUACUUCAGUGUCUGCUGGGUGGCAUGCAGAGUCAUCUUGACAGCAACGUGGUGCAGAUUCGACACAUAGGGAUGGUAGUGGGCGAGUGCUUGAGCUCUUAUAUGGAUAUAAAUGGGACAAAACUCAAAUUUGAGUAUGAUGCAGAUGAGGAUACACAGGAGCUUUUAUCAUUGAUGACACCCACAACAGAAGAUGACCAAGAUCCGGAACAUCUGACAAGAAAUGAUUCACCUGAUGUGAGUGAGGAGAAAACUUCCUCUACAGCUUCCCAAAAUGAGUGCAGCCCCCCAAAAGCAAACACUAAUCCAGACUCUGAUUUGGAUAGUGACGAUGAACUCACUCCAUAUGAUAUGUCUUGUGACCAAAAGCUAAGCCAGUCUUUCCCACCUCGCUACCUCCGUGACUGUAUUGAAAUUUUAACUUCUUCUGAUGAUGCUGUACGAGUGGAGCUCAGUAUGAAUGUGGCUGAAAAUUUAGUACGGAAAAACCCAUUUGCAGCCAAAGAGAUCAGUGUCCAAAUGACCAAAGUGCUGCUUCAUAUAGAAAAUAAAUUCAACAUUGAUAACUUCCUAGCCCUCCGACAAGCAACAAUGGCAGCCCUCAUUGUUACUGACUGCAUCCCUGUGACUCAGUAUUUGACUACAGAGUUUUACUCCCUGAACUAUAGUCUUCGCCAGCGGCUUGAUAUUUUGGAGGUCCUUGCUCUGGCGGCUCAAGAGCUUUCAAAGCCAAUCAGUAACAAAACAGAGUCUUGUGUAAGUGUGGCCUCUACCUCUGAUGUGACUGUGUACCCUGGUGAUAACCCUGAGCACUGGAGACAAGUCGUAGAAAAGCGCAUUCAAAGCAAAACUAAGCGUCUAACAAAGGGAACCACGCAACCUUGCAAAGCUGGUCCAAACCGCUAUGCCCCUCUUGCUGGGCAUUUCUUCUUCCCUUUGCUCAGAAAUUAUGAUAAGCCACAAGUGACAUUUGAUCUUCUGGGCAGUGAUCACCUUAUACUGGCCAGGUUGAUCCACACUUUAGGUCUUUUAAUGCACCUUGCACUUAAUGCUCCAAUAGCUGCACAAAUGGGAUGCGCUUUGCUGGACUUUGUGUGGACUGUUCGGUAUCAUUCUGAGCAAACAGUGAGGCGAGGCGUCCUCUUUGCCGUGUGCGCAGUUUUUUUGAGCAUGCCCAAUCAAAACCUGCUGUUGGAUCUUGGUGAUCAGCUUUUUGAGACUAGAUCUUGGUUAGCAGAUGUAGCUGAAGGGGAUGCAGAUUCUGAUUGCCGCAGCUUGGCGGUACAGAGCCUGGUUCUUCUGGAUAAGGGUCUUAAAAAACAGCUGCAAGAUCCACAAGCUCUGAGUCUAGAGUCAUAACAGUCAGACUCUGCACUGAUGAUCAGAGUUCUGUGGAUUUUUCAUAUCCUGAAGACAGCCACCCAAAGGAAAAGCAACAAAUGUUUUUUCUAUGUCUAAUCAGUUACAAUAAACUACAACAUAUUGCAUUUUGUAUAUUGUACAAAACUGGAGUGACA